CCUCCUCCUCCUCCUCCUCCUCCUCCUUCUCCUCCUCCUCCUCCUCCUCCUCCUCCCCGCGCUUCUCUGGCGGCCGCUCCCGCUCCAGCUGCGGCGCCGCGGCCACAUCUGGGGCGCCCAUGUGCGCUCGGGGGCUCGGCUGCGCCCGCCCCGCCGCCGACCCCGCAGCCCCCUGCCAGCAGGGUGGCCUCCGGCCCGGCCCGGGUCCCGGGCUGCCCCGGGACCCAGUCUCCGUCUCCGCCGCCGCCGCCGCCGCCAGGCAGCGCCGGGGCUUGCUCCGCAGCCGGCUUGGACACCCCCGGCCUCGCGGUGGCUCCGCCGUGGUGCGGCGGCGGCGGCGGCGGCGCCGGCAGCUCCUGCUCCCCCGGCCCCGCACACCCCGCCGCGCCCAGCGCCAGCCCCGCGGGCCCGGGAAGCGGAGCCCUGGCGGGAGCCGAGGCGGGAGCCGCGCUGCCGGGCUCCCGGGCUCCUACUCCUCCUCCCCCGGCGUCACCGCCGCCGCCGGCCGCCGCGCCGGGUCCUAAAGCCGCGCGUCUCAAGAGGAUGGUGCGCCUGGCGGCCGAGCUGCUGCUGCUGCUGGGGCUGCUGCUGCUCACGCUGCACAUCACCGUGCUGCGCGGCUCGGGAGCCGCCGACGGGCCCGACGCGGCCGCAGGCAACGCCAGCCAAGCCCAGCUGCAGAAUAACCUCAACGUGGGAAGUGACACCACAUCAGAAACCAGCUUUUCUCUCUCCAAAGAAGCACCAAGGGAGCAUCUGGACCACCAGGCUGCACACCAACCCUUCCCCAGACCGCGAUUCCGACAAGAGACGGGGCACCCUUCAUUGCAAAGAGAUUUCCCCAGAUCCUUUCUCCUUGAUCUACCAAACUUUCCAGAUCUUUCCAAAGCUGAUAUCAAUGGGCAGAAUCCAAAUAUCCAGGUCACCAUAGAGGUGGUCGACGGUCCUGACUCUGAAGCAGAUAAAGAUCAGCAUCCGGAGAAUAAGCCCAGCUGGUCAGUCCCAUCCCCCGACUGGCGGGCCUGGUGGCAGAGGUCCCUGUCCUUGGCCAGGGCAAACAGCGGGGACCAGGACUACAAGUACGACAGUACCUCAGAUGACAGCAACUUCCUCAACCCCCCCAGGGGGUGGGACCAUACAGCCCCAGGCCACCGGACUUUUGAAACCAAAGAUCAGCCAGAAUAUGAUUCCACAGAUGGUGAGGGUGACUGGAGUCUCUGGUCUGUCUGCAGCGUCACCUGCGGGAACGGCAACCAGAAACGGACCCGGUCUUGUGGCUACGCGUGCACUGCAACAGAAUCGAGGACCUGUGACCGUCCAAACUGCCCAGGAAUUGAAGACACUUUUAGGACAGCUGCCACCGAAGUGAGUCUGCUUGCGGGAAGCGAGGAGUUUAAUGCCACCAAACUGUUUGAAGUUGACACAGACAGCUGUGAGCGCUGGAUGAGCUGCAAAAGCGAAUUCUUAAAGAAGUACAUGCACAAGGUGAUGAAUGACCUGCCCAGCUGCCCCUGCUCCUACCCCACUGAGGUGGCCUACAGCACGGCCGACAUCUUCGACCGCAUCAAGCGCAAGGACUUCCGCUGGAAGGACGCCAGCGGGCCCAAGGAGAAGCUGGAGAUCUACAAGCCCACUGCCCGGUACUGCAUCCGCUCCAUGCUGUCCCUGGAGAGCACCACGCUGGCGGCACAGCACUGCUGCUACGGCGACAACAUGCAGCUCAUCACCAGGGGCAAGGGGGCGGGCACGCCCAACCUCAUCAGCACCGAGUUCUCCGCGGAGCUCCACUACAAGGUGGACGUCCUGCCCUGGAUUAUCUGCAAGGGUGACUGGAGCAGGUAUAACGAGGCCCGGCCUCCCAACAACGGACAGAAGUGCACAGAGAGCCCCUCGGACGAGGACUACAUCAAGCAGUUCCAAGAGGCCAGGGAGUAUUAAAGAGACUGGGAUGAGGUGGAGGACGCUGCCUCUGGUUCUGGAGCACACACGUGCUGCACUGACGGGCCGACUGGCGCCGAGACCUUCUUAGCUGCGGUCGUGUAUAUUUGUAUAUACCACAUGAGUAUUUCUCAUACAUUACGCUAGGGGCGUGUGCCAUGCCCAGGGGACUGCCUUGUGAAGCCGCCCUCGCCAUCUGCAGAGCUCCUUGAAAGUGCCUCUGGGGAGCGAUGUGGGCAGAAGGAUGGGGACAACUUGGAAGCCAGAAGAACCUGGAAGCCACAGUGGGUGCGACUCAAUUCACACCCGGAUCCAGAGUUUCAAAGAGAGGCAAAGGGGGAAAGAGACUGAGGUUGUAAACGUUAUAAGCAGUUUUUAUAUAUAACUUAUUUAAUACAAAUGUGACUUAAGCGUAACCUUUUCUCUGGAGUUGUGGUGAAACUAAUCACGUCUGUGAGAGAUCAGAAAGAAAGAGACUUAGGGAAGUGGAAGAGAAAAGGAAUUUUGGAAUUUAUUUCUUUAAAAAUAAUGCAAUGGAAAUAUAUCAAAACAUGUAAACGCCCACCUUAAACCAAAUGUUAUUUGGUCAUGAGGCACCUUGCUGGAGUCUCAGAUUCCAAAAGUCUCUUCUUCAGACUGGGUAGGGAAUAUGAUAUUUUAGGAACAAAGCUGAGGACUGGUUUUAAAUAGGUUUUAAAAUAAAAGAUCAAUAUUAUCAUAAUGCUAUCAUUCUGCUAAACGGCCCCAAAACAGUGGAAUUUCUGCUCAUGUCCUAGCAGGUUCAGAAGACUGCAGCCAAGUUCAGACGUAAAAACAAGAAGUAGCACUUUUCCAAAGGAAAACAACAAAACAAAUGGGAAAAAGAUAAUGGACCGCAUUUCACCUAUUUUAAUACUAUUUUAACAAUUUUUUCAUCUACCAAUAUAUCCCCAAUAAAUAAAUAUAAAAGGGGGGGAGGGUCAAUCUGGGGAAUCUUAAUUUUUUAUGUUUUAAGAAAACAAAAAAAACUGCAUUAUUUUUGUAAAGUAUUUAUUGAGUCACGGAUUACUGUGCAUCAAGCAAUUGUUAAUAUGACCUGGUCCUAUGGGGUAGAACUUAGAAAAAAUAAAGUUGGUUCUUAUUCAAUAUUUUACUUUGCAAAAUUCUAGUAAAAGAGAGUAUAUAAUAAAAUCAUAAUAAAAGGUG